AAACAAUUUCGAGGAAGUGUGCCAACAGAAGGAAAAUUUCAGAGUGCUAAUAUAGUUUCAGUAUUUGAAACAAAAAUUUAUGUGGAGGCAUCAAGGAAUUAAAUCUAAAGCCAUGCUUUACUGAAGCACCAUCCAUGGUAUCAAAACGGUCCUUAUUUGUAAAGAAAGUUGUGAUCGGGGUCAGCGUAGGCGUAUCUUUUCUUUUGCUGCUGGUCGUAGCUUCAGUUUCUCUAUGUUGGUUCAGGAAAAGAAAGAAUAAUCAGCAGACCAAUAGCCCAGCUCCUUCCACAUUAGAGGCCUUCCAUCAGAAGAUGAGUUACAGAGAGAUCCACAAUGCAACUGAUGGCUUCUCUUCAAGGAAUAUGAUUGGCUCAGGAAGUUUUGGUACCGUGUUUAAAGCCUUUCUCUCUGCUGAGAACAAGUUUGUUGCUGUGAAAGUUCUAAACAUGCAGAGGCAUGGAGCAAUGAAGAGUUUUAUGGCAGAAUGUGAAUCCCUCAAGGACAUAAGGCAUCGUAAUCUUGUGAAACUAUUGACGGCUUGUUCUAGUAUUGAUUUUCAAGGAAAUGAGUUUAGAGCUCUCAUCUAUGAUUUCAUGCCUAAUGGAAGCCUUGAUAUGUGGCUGCACCCACAUGAAAUGGAAGAGAUUCAUAGACCCUCAAGAACGUUGACACUUCUUGAAAGGUUCAACAUUGCGAUUGACGUUGCUUCUGUUUUGGAUUAUAUUCAUGUUCAUUGUUAUGAACCUAUUGCUCAUUGUGAUAUUAAGCCAAGCAACGUCCUCCUAGAUAAUGAUUUGACUGCCCAUGUAAGUGACUUUGGUAUGGCUCGUCUUCUUCUCAAGUUUGAUCGGGAGUCCUUUUUCAACCAACUAAGCUCCACUGGUAUUAGAGGAACCAUCGGUUAUGUCGCACCAGAAUAUGGAGUGGGAGGAGAACCAUCAAUACAUGGUGAUGAGUAUAGCUUUGGAAUUCUGCUUUUGGAAAUGAUCAGCGGAAAACGACCAACUGAUGAGUUAUUUGGGGGAAAUUUUACUCUCCACAGCUACAUAAAAUCUGCCUUGCCAGAGCGAGUGUUGGACGUUGCAGACAAAUCAAUUUUCACAAUGGUCUAAGAGUUGGUUUUCCUAUUGCUGAGUGCUUAACAAUGGUUUUGGAGGUGGGACUUAGGUGUUGUGAAGAAUCUCCGGCAAACCGACUAGAAACAAGUGAAGCUAGAAAGAAGUUAAUCUCAAUCCGAGAAAGGUUCUUUAAAGCCAGAAGAACAGCUAGACGUUGAAGUGUUUAUGAUUUCCUCCCCGGAUUUUAAAACCUACUUAAAAACUUAUUUCUAAUGCCUCUAAAAUAUCAUUUCAUAAUGUGUGGUUUUUCUCCUUUGUGUACUCACAUGGUUGCAGAAUAUUGUUAACGACUGCUUAUUAUUUGCAGAUAAAAGAUGAAUGUUGUGUUA